AGCUCGAGGGUGAAGCUGCUGUUGAGAACUGAACGGACAAACUUACAGUCCCUUUAGUGGAAAAGAUCAUUUCUGGUUUCUUUUGGAGCGGGUUGUUUGCAUCAGAGCAAAAGAUCAAUGUGUGGUUUUCAUUUCAAAACAGUUUUUGUACGGCCUUAAGCUAAAGGUUUUUUUACUUCCUGUUUGGAAACUAAGCUACUUUUAUUUUGAUAGAAAAUAAUGAACUUCUGGUAGAUCGAAGGUUAAGACACUAACUACUACACCACAGAAACAGGAAGUGGUUAGGGAUCACAAACUGAAGGGAACAGUCACAAAGGUGUCGUUCUUUUCCAUCACUGUGACGACAGGAAAAAAAUGAUGCAUUCAUUUCUGAGCGUAACCCAAGAAACAGUCCAAGUUUAAACUCAAAAAUGUAAUUUGCUUGUCGGGUUAAAAACUCUGACAUGACUUCCACGUUGUUUCUGAAUAAUCUUCUGACAUUUGGAGAGAAAAACAGGAAUUAUCUUUUCAUUUUUUGCCAUCAAUGGCGGCUUUCGUAAAUCCAACUGUGGCUCAACAGACAACUUCACCCUCGAGCGGGAGGAAGAGGAGGAGCUUGGAACCAACAUGGCCGCCCCUGUGGGUGCCCCUUCCUGUAUCACUCCCUACUUUCCCUUCUUCUUCUUCUUCUUCUUUCAUUGAUAUCAACAGCAGACGUCAAUGACAGACACAUUUCGUCAUUGAUGGAAACCCAAUCAGACCUCUUAUUUCAAACGAGCUAAAGUGUGAGUCGCUCCAUGAAGGACAAAGUUACCAAGCCCACUGCCAUGGCCCAGGGUAAAGUCGCCCACAUGAUCGAGUGGCAGAGCUGGGGCAAACCAUCCGCAGGGCCGAUGGGGGUGGCGGGGCACACCAACCUGCAGAGGGAAAAAGAGAGGAGGCUGGAGAACGACGCUUACAGCGACCUCAGUGACGGAGAGAAGGAGGCCCGCUUCGCUGCAGGCAUCAUGCAGCAGUUUGCGAUCUCUGAGGCGACUCUGUUCGGCUGGAACUCGAUGGACGGGGACAGUAUGGGAGCCGGAUCCAACCAGGGCAGUGUGGCUCACCUCAGUGAGGUCAACCAGGAGAGCAUCACGAGCAGAGACCAGAUACUCCACCACUCCUCUGCGGAUGUCUGGCCUCACACCUACGUCUCACAGGGCCUGUACUGCCUGUCGUCCACAGACGCCUGGGACCCAAUCACCAGCCAACCCUCGGGCGUGGCCUCACCUGGUGGAGGCUCCUACAUUAUGGCAGCUGGUGGCAGCAGUGGAGCAGGGGGUACACCUGCUGAGGGCUACGAGGGGACAGUAGGCAGUUACCUUCAACAGCACCAGACUCAUCUCACCCUGCAGCAGCACAACCAACUCCAGCAGCUGCAACAUCUCCACCAGUACCAGCAGCAGCAGCUCCUGCAGUACCAACAGCAGCCCAUGGAGCACAGGCCACACAGUGCCUCCCAUUCCCUCCAAGCCACUCCCAACAGCACCAUCCACAGUCUCGGUCCUCCCACCCACCCUCGGCUAGCUGACCUGUGGGGAGCUGCGCAGGUUGAGGCACACCAUGUGGACAUAGUCCAGCAGAUGAGCGGACAGAUGGCGGAAAUGGUCGGAGGAGUGGUAGAGACGGUCGGAGAGGAGCCGGAACUCGAAUCUGAAGUGAUCCCAGAGCAGCAUGAAGAGGAAGAGGAGCUGACAAAGGUAGAAGAGGUUACAUUAACCUUGGAGCCAGAGCCAUGCUCUUUGACCCCAUCCCCUCUGAGAGAGGACGCCUCCUCUACCAGAGGUUCCAGUCCAGGAUUCCCAGCACAGACCACUGAAUCUGUGGCAGGGAGGAAACCGUUCGACGUCACGCCCUGCGUUGUCCAACUGCUGGAGGAGAAAGAGGAGGCAGAAAAGAGCUCUAUUGUUGUUGUUGCGACCAACUGAUUCACAGAGGACCAGACGAAACUGUCAAAAAACAGUGAAUAAAUACUUCAAUAAUCAAUCAAGCUAUUCUAUCCCCAACCCCAACACCCUCCCAACUAUUUACCCACCGGAAGUCAGAGGAAAUAUGGGAAGACUUUUUCAGACAUGGGAUGUAAUGUACACAAACUAAAUGCCAAGAAGAAGGACGUAUGUGAUAUGGAACACAUGAUGUUUAACGCAGACAAGAGACUUCAACUGAGUGACUGCUGAAACAAACCGUAUGGAGAUUAGAUGGAUUCACAUAAAGUCUGGACCUAUCAGACCAAAGAACCAGGACGGAACAGAUAGAUGUGGGGUGAGGACAGAUAGGGCCUAUUUAAAUAUUCAGUGCAAUACAACAAACAUGGACUCAAUAAAACUUGGGUACAGUGUUUGCAAAUAAUUGUAAGUGGUUUGUUCAAGUUGCUCGAGCGCAGGAAGAAGCUUUGUUUCAUCUGAGCAGCUCUGCAGGACCUCGUAACAGAAAAGUGUUCUAUUUGCUGAUUGGUGCAUUUAGCUUUGAUUGACAGCUGGUCUGAGCCCAACAUGAGAUGUUCUGUAAAGACCACGCAGACCGAUCUGUUGCUCGGAUUGAUCGUGCCGAACCUACUUUGAGUCAUUUGCAAACACACGAUAUGGACACAACCAAAAGAAAGUGCAUGCUUUUUAACAGUGACCUAGCCCUUACAGUAUAACACAGUAUACAAAGUAAUAAUAUAUCAAAUUGCUUUUUAUAAAAACAAAAAAAAUCCAAUAAACUGAUGUGUAUUAGUAUGAAUGUAAGACUGUAUGUAUGUAUGAAUGUAUCUUUGUUUGUGUUAAAUAUAUAUAUUCUGGGAAAGUGA